ACCACGAUUGACCAGCGAAAUUCCGCGUUGAAGUUGAGGUUCCGAGGCAGGUUUGAGCUUCACAUUUGAGGUUGGAAAGGGAAAUGUCAGGUGUACAUCGAUAAUUGGAUGCGUAUGAGUUGCAGCAGAUACGAAUCUGACACGAAUUUGUAGCCACACCACGGGAGAGAAGCUUCAGCGCAAGCGGGAUAAGCGCAGGAUUCCCAGGAGCAACCGCAACUCUCGGGCAGAGAAGCAAAACUCGUGCCUUGCCUCGUUGUCGGAGGAUUUGAACGCGCUCUAGGCCGUUACCUUGCCGUCACUAUCGGUCGGGAUGGUGGCACCACGAGCGUGUUUGACUAAAGUGUUGUCUUAUUUCCCCUUCCUGUUGGUUCUUAUUGAUCUUCAGUGUGAAGGAAUAGGUGGUAUAAAUGCUGAAAUUGAAAAACACCUUGAAAUGGGGAAGAAACUUUUGGCUGCGGGACAGUUAGCAGAUGCAUUGUCUCAUUUUCAUGCUGCUUUAGAUGGAGAUCCUGAUAAUUAUAUUGCUUAUUAUAGACGUGCCACUGUCUAUCUCGCUAUGGGCAAAUCAAAAUCUGCUCUCCCAGACCUAAGUAAAGUCAUUGAGCUGAAACCAGACUUCACAUCUGCGAGGUUGCAGAGAGGAAACUUGCUCCUAAAACAAGGGAAGCUGGACGAAGCAGAGGAAGACUUUAAGAAAGUGAUACAAUCUAACCCCAGUGAGAAAGAGGAAAAUGAAGCCAAGUCCCAGUUAACUAAAGCAGAUGAAUUGCAAAGGAUAAUUAUACAGGCACGAGCUGCUUUUGAAAACCAGGAUUACACAGCUGCUAUUGAAUUACUAGACAUUCUUAUUGAGACUUGUGUUUGGGAUUCUGAGUUAAGAGAACUCCGGGCGGAAUGCUACAUACAGAUUGAUGAAAGUGGAAAAGCAAUAAAUGAUUUGAAAGCAGCAUCAAAACUUAAAUACGACAACACUGAAGCAUUCUAUAAAAUUAGUAUAAUUUAUUAUCAGCUCGGAGAUCAUGAAAUGUCUCUUGGUGAAAUUCGGGAAUGCCUCAAAUUGGACCCAGAUCACAAACACUGUUUUGCCCAUUAUAAGCAAGUGAAAAAACUUAAUAAGCAGUUGACAACAGGAGAAGAUCUCAUAAGACAAGAAAAAUACUCUGAUGCUAUUAAUAAAUAUGAAUCUGCCAUGAAAACUGAACCAAAUGUUUUUCAAUACACUUUGUAUGCAAAGGAAAGAAUUUGCCAUUGUUUAUCAAAGAACCAACAAGCAAAAGAAGCCAUCAGAACUUGCACGCAAGUAUUGGAACAAGAUGCAAGCAAUAUCAAUGCAUUGAAAGACAGGGCAGAAGCUUAUAUUUUAGAGGAACAAUAUGAAGAAGCGAUCAAAGAUUAUGAAGUUGCAAGAGACCACAGUGACAAUGAUCAAACAGUAAAAGAAGGACUGGAAAGGGCACAGAAACUUCUAAAACAAUCACAAAAGAAAGACUACUAUAAAAUACUAGGAGUGAAAAGGAGUGCUAAAAAACGGGAGAUAAUAAAAGCAUACAGGAAGCUAGCAAUGCAGUGGCAUCCUGAUAACUUCCAGGAAGAAAAUGAGAAGAAGCAAGCCGAAAAAAAAUUUAUAGACAUAGCAGCUGCUAAAGAAGUACUCACUGAUCCAGAGAUGAGGAAGAAGUUUGAUUCAGGGGAAGAUCCUCUGGAUCCAGAAAAUCAACAGGGUGGAGGUGGUCAUCACUUUCAUAGAUCGUGGAAUCAGUGGCAAGGAUUCAAUCCUUUUGGCUCAGGAGGACCCUUUAAUUUCAAAUUUCAUUUUAACUAAGUCUCGAGUAUUGGCUGCUCAUUUCUAGAAAAAGACUCAAAGAAAAAGGAAUGUUGAAUGUGAUGCCAGAAACCCAGUCUUCAAACUUACAGUGUAAUCCUUUUGUUCAGCCAAAAAUGUCCAGCAUAUAGUAUUUUACACAGAUAUUUACACUCUUAAGAGUUUUGAAAUAUUUUCCUGAAAAAUAAUGAAAAGCAAUGUACACAUUUAAUAAAGACAAUUGCCUUAUAAAUCUGAUCUAACUGAAAACAAUUUAUUCUCUCAUGAAUAUUUUCUUAUGUAUAGGUGGUGUGAAAAUUCUUGGUUUCUUAAGCAUCGUUACAAAGUGUCCAUGAAGUAUGUGAUUAAAUGGCAAUAGUACCAUCAUUAUCUUUAUAACUGGGCCAAGGACUAUUUGAAUAAAGUCCUUUUUGAUAGGAUGAAGGUGGGUAGUGACUUGCAAUGUUACAUGUUUGACCUCAUUGCUUUGCAUACUGUGGAAAUUCUUCAGAAUCACAGAAAUAGAACUUGCACUUUUUAAAUCAGAAUAGUAUUCUGUUUAAAGACCUAAAAACCUUUUUUAUAUGCACUUAAGAGUUCAUUCAUUAUUUGAUCUAAUUGAUCCACUUAAGUGAGGAUAUUGAAAUGUUUUCACUCUUAUAAGAGGCAAAGAGAGGAUUAUUCACCAUUAGUAAAUCGUGUUUGGUUGGAUCCUCAUCACAAUUUUGGUAGAUAUCUGGGAAUUUUAAUAUUUGAAGUGAUGCUUGUAUCAUAAACAUUGUUUUCAUCAGUUUUAAAACCAAUAUACUUGCUACAGAUAAUGCCUUCAUCUUCAGAUUACUCAAAAUAGAGAAGAGACUUUCAAAACUGCUUAUCUACAAUUAACUACAAAAGUUUGGAAAAUUAUAGCUUGGCUGGCAAAUUAUUUGCGUGCCUUAAUUGUGACUGUUCCAUAACUUCCCAAUUCCAUAUUCUGUAAAUGUUUGUUGAUGGAGUUAUGAUUUCUCUUUAAACCAGCCACCUCCAUUUUUAACAUUUGGGGAAGUGCAGCACUCUAUUUAAAUGUUCUAUUAUAUAAUUUUAAAACUUCUGGCAACAUGAACAUAAUCCACAAAUCACCCCACAGAACUGUUUUCUAUCCAUGUUAUACAUUAGCAGACUUAAGAUUUGAAAUUACGGAUGUCUACUUUUUUGAUCAAUUAAGAGUGUUGAAUUUGGAAAAUAUUCUAAUGCAUUCUUUGUACUGAGGAUAUUUUUGAUGCUGGAUUCUGUGAGAGAUUUGCAAGAAAGACAUCUCUUGUAUACCUUAUUUGGGACAGAAUCUUAUAGUCAUUGUAUCUGAAAAGUUUCUCCUAAGGGAUCUUGGAACAUUGAACAUGUAACAUCUUCAAUUCCUUGUGCCUGGAAAAAAUUCCAUGCAUUCUUUAUGUAUUGCACAUAUUCUUGUUUCUAACCAUUUCAAAACAUGGUCUUUUAGGCUUGUUUUGAUGCCUCAUGUCAGAUAUAAAAUGGAUUUAAAAUUUAUUCAAGAUCACAGAAAGAACUUAAUGCAACAAAAAUGUAAAUUUUACUGGCAGAAUUUGCUUUGCGGGUGUUGGGAUGAUUUCCCCCCUGGUUCCUCCUGGAUUCUGAGAUCUUUGGAUGCCAUUAUAACAAAGUUCUAGAUGGAUUGUUCAAUCUUUCAAUUUAUGUUAGUAGUGAAUGAGUUUACUCAUUGCCAAUGCAUAAAGUGGUUAUUAUGUCAUAUAGCUCAUUGAAAAGUUUGAUUAAAGAUUAAUGUAGAUUUUU